GCCGCCCGUCUCUCACAGCGAGCCGUUUGCAGGUGUCGCUGAUGCAUCGGGCACAGGGCUUGAAACGCCUAAACCCUGAGUAUGGGUUGCUGCUUCAAAAAGGCUGGGAAACGCUGGCCCCAGUGACUGAGUCUGAGUGGCAUGCAGCAGGGCAGAUACCAUCUUGUAAAAGCAGCUGGGAGACAGAGCCCGGGCUGUGUGGAGCCUUUGUGUCACCUGCAGGCAGGGCACUCGCUGCAGCUGGGGCAUGGCAUUUGCUCGUGUGUGUCAUGGGGACUCAGGAAGUGUGGGUGCCAGCCUGUGCUUUGCUGGUUAUUCUCCAGAAAACUCCUUUGGAGGUCUGAUUGGGUUACCAGAAUCCAAAUGGCUCUAUUGAAUACGCAGUUGGGUUUAUCCUUAAGCCAUCUAAGCAGCACAGUGAUACAGCGACACUUCAGUAUCACUGGAGCAUGCCAAGCGAUACAGAAACUCACCCGCGUGCGAGUGGUGGACAACAGCGCCCUGGGGAACACGCCAUACCACCGGCCACCAAAAUGUAUCCACGUGUAUAACAAGACCGGAGUUGGCAAAGUAGGAGAUACAAUCCUUCUGGCUAUCAAAGGAGAAAAGAAGAAAGCUUUGAUUGUAGGGCACAAGAUGCCUGGCCCCACCAUGACGCCUAGAUUUGAUUCCAACAAUGUGGUACUCAUAGAAGACAAUGGAAAUCCAGUAGGGACUAGAAUAAAAACACCAAUACCCUAUAUGCUGCGACGGAAAGGAGAAUUCUCCAAAGUAUUGGCUAUUGCCCACAACUUUGUAUGAAAGCCAAGAAUGGUUUCUGGCAAUUCUCUCAUACAGUAGCUGUUUCUUGGUCCUUUUCUAGAAAAUGGUGAAACGUGAAAAAGUCGAGUCGUCAAGAGUCUCUCUUCCUGUUUAAGAAUUGCAGACAACUAGUUGAAAUAUUGAAAUACCUGGGGUUUCUCCCAAAUAGGAUGGAUUUGUUUCACAGAACUUCUGCAGUGUGUUGGGAAAAUGCUCCUUCACUCUUACUGCUCCAGUGGUGUUAAUUUGGUCUCUAAUCAUUAAAAUAAGAAUGUGAAAAUC